CCUAGAAUAAUUGCACCACUACUUUUAAUUAAACUGGUACAGUAUACUUUUCAUUAUCAAGAUCUACUCUUGUUACGUCAUGAGCAGUAAACAUCACAAAUUAGGUUUAAAACUCAAAAACUAAAAGUUGAAAAUUGUAAAAAGGAACACAAACAGUGUUAAGUUUACGGUUAGCAUGGAGCCAGAAACAAAUAUCGCGGUAAAUCAGAAGAGGGAAGCAGAUUGCGUGCCAGUACAGUCUACACGCAUCUUCCAACAAACGGUCAUCGAACUCAAUCAACAACACGAACUCGGUUGGGCGAUACUAGAACAAAGAUAGUGGUCAUAUUUAAAGGGUCUUCGUUUCUUGGUUGUGCAUCAGAGUUCGAUUUGAUCCUGAGCUUAAAGCAGUCUAGUCCAUCUAAUAGAUCCACCAACGGCAGAAAGGUGCACAGCAUAUCAUCACAAUGAUCACACUAACGUUGGCAACACUUGCACUGAUCUUCCUGGUAGCUUUUCUUGUGAAGGAACUGUGGCGUCCAACAAACUAUCCUCCAGGACCCAAAUGGUUACCGAUUGUCGGGAAUACUCCUCUAGUACGCAACAUGGCGGCUAAGAAUGGUGGAUUGUUGGCGAACGUGUGCGACAAGUUGUCGGAGACGUAUCAAAGCAGCGUCAUUGGGUUGAAACUUGGUCGGGAGCGUGUGGUGUUUGGUUUGGGAUACGAUGAUGUGAAGGACAUUUUGUGCAACGAGGCAUUCCAGGGUCGUCCAGACAAUUUCUUCAUCCGAUUGCGUACACUAGGGACAAGAUUGGGUAUCACCUGUACGGAUGGUGCAUUUUGGAAUGAACAGAGAAGCUUCGUCACACGACACUUGCGUCAUGUAGGAUAUGGACGCCAGGCAAUGCAUGCUCAGAUUCAAACGGAACUAAACGAAUUGUUGGAAGUGCUCGAUAACCGUAUGGAACAACCCAUCUGGCCUGGAUCGAUUCUCGCCAUCAGUGUUAUCAAUGUGCUCUGGACGAUCGUAACCGGUUCACGAGUACCGCGAGAAGAUGAUCGAUUGCAGAGACUGCUGCAGUUGCUGCAGGAACGUUCCAAGGCCUUCGACAUGUCCGGUGGAACAUUGAACCAGCUACCAUGGCUACGUUUUAUCGCGCCUGAAUGGAGUGGCUACAAUUUGGUGCGUCGCUUCAACAAACAACUGACGGAAUUCUUCACUCCAACGAUCGAGCAGCAUCAUCGAGACUUUACGGAGGAUAAAGCUGUGGACGAUCUUAUCUACGCGUACAUUAAGGAAAUGCGCGACCACAAGGAUACAUCCGAUACCAACUUUACCGACGUGCAGCUGACGAUGAUCAUAUUGGAUAUUUUCAUAGCCGGUGGCCAAACAACAAGCACAACACUGGAUCUGGCAUUCAUGAUGAUGAUCAUGCGUCCGGAUAUGCAAGAAAAGGUGCACGAUGAAAUUGACAACCAGCUGGAACUGAAUGCAACACCCCAUUACGACGACCGUCACAAGUUACCGUAUGUGGAGGCAUUUUUGCUGGAGGUUCAUCGUUUCUUCAGCAUUGUUCCGGUGAAUGGACCAAGGCGAGCCCUCUCUGAUUGUACUCUUGGAGGCUACCGAGUACCGAAGAACACCACGGUUUUCAUGGGACUCCGCAACGUACACAUGGACCCAGAGCACUGGGGUGAUCCGGAGGUAUUCCGACCGGAGCGAUUCCUCAACGAGCAACGUGAAAUCGUCAACACCGAGCGUGUGCUGUCGUUUGGACAGGGAAAGCGUCGUUGUCUCGGUGAAACAUUGGCCCGGUCCUGUCUGUUUACGUUCUUUGUGGGUGUAAUGCAGCGAUUCUGUCUGCUCAAACCGGACGAUGCUGCGGAGGAAUCCGACAUGGAACCGUCCUUGACGCUCAAGCCAGGAAUAACGCUCUCAGCGAAACCCUAUAACGUGGUCUUUCAACCACGCAAGAGAACAGAGAUGAAUAUUCGUGAUGAAUAGCACCGAAUCCGCGUGAAGCGUUUUGGAAACGAAUGUAAUGUGUACAGUGUAUUGGAUUUUUAAAAUAAAAUAAACAUCACUUAAA